UUAUUUAUAAAAUAAUUAGAAUAAUACUUUAAACCCACAUGUUCUAUGGCAUUUAGCCAAUACGACCCACCCACCAAGUAGUAGCAUUGCUUGUUUUCAUCUCAAUUUCAAGGCGACGAUGAUAACUGAUGGCCCUCAGAAGCCGUGAAGAGUUGCCUUUUUCAUAAAAUAUUGGAGCAAUAGAUAAGGAAGACGGACUUCUGGUCUUUCUUCUUCACUGUUUACCUAUCAAGUUUCAAUUUCUGGAAAAUAAUCUGCUCGAUUUCCUUUCUUUACUAUCCACAGCUUCAGAGUUUUGAACUUCUUAUUUGUUGGGUUUCUUCCCUUAUCAAGGGAUAACUUUGUUCAAUACCCUUUAAUUGUUAGCAGCUAUGAUGAGGCGGUGCGUCCUAAAGAUUGUUAAUUGGCAUUUGGGAUUCAAGACUUCCAGUUUCUCUCUAGUUGAUUGUUCUACGUCAGGAUAUGGCAAAUGUCAUGGUUUAACUGGUGAUCAUCUACAUGGAUUAAUUCCAAGGACAUAUGCAACUUCUUGUGCUAAGUUGUCAGAAGAUCCACUGCAUACUAAUUCUGUAUCUGAUAUGUUAAUUGAUUCAUUUGGAAGGAUGCACACUUACCUGAGGAUCUCCUUGACAGAACGUUGCAAUUUACGGUGUCAGUACUGUAUGCCAGCUGAGGGAGUGGAGCUUACUCCUAGCCCUAAAUUACUAACACAGAAUGAGAUUGUUCGUUUGGCAAGUCUCUUUGUCAGUUCAGGAGUUGAUAAAAUUCGUCUGACUGGUGGUGAGCCAACAGUUAGGAAGGAUAUUGAAGAGAUAUGCUUACAGCUAUCUAACUUGAAAGGACUCAAUACGUUGGCCAUGACUACCAAUGGAAUUGCUCUUAAAAGGAAACUGCCAAAGCUGAAAGAAUGUGGGCUUACUUCUUUAAAUAUCAGCUUGGAUACAUUGGUCCCAGCUAAAUUUGAAUUCAUGACCAGGCGUAAGGGGCAUGAAAGGGUCAUGGAGUCCAUUAAUGCUGCUAUAGACUGCGGUUACAACCCUGUAAAAGUGAAUUGUGUUGUAAUGCGUGGGUUCAAUGAUGAUGAGAUCUGCGAUUUUAUAGAGCUAACACGUGACAAACCGAUUAAUAUUCGGUUUAUUGAGUUCAUGCCUUUCGAUGGAAAUGUCUGGAAUGUCAAGAAAUUGGUUCCCUACUCAGAAAUGUUGGAUAGAGUGUCAAAGAAGUUUACAGAACUGAAGAGACUUCAGGAUCACCCAACAGAUACAGCUAAGAACUUCAAGAUAGAUGGGCAUCUUGGUACUGUUUCUUUCAUCACAUCAAUGACUGAGCAUUUUUGUGCUGGUUGUAAUAGAUUGCGACUUUUAGCUGAUGGAAACUUUAAAGUAUGCCUCUUUGGUCCUUCAGAGGUUAGCUUAAGAGAUCCCCUUAGAAGUGGUGCUGAUGAACCUGAGCUUAGGGAAAUAAUUGGAGCAGCGGUCAAAAGGAAGAAAGCUUCACAUGCUGGAAUGUUCGACAUUGCAAAAACAGCAAAUAGACCUAUGAUACAUAUUGGUGGAUAAGAGUUGGCACUUCCCCAGACACCUCUAUGACUGCUAUAAUGUAACAUUAUGAAGAUCUUCAGUGUGUUCUCUUUAACUAAUUCAUUCCUUUGUUAGAUAUUCUUUACUCAAUUUGACACUUUUUUCUACACUACCUUUUUCUCAAAAUAAUGACACACUCUUAUCAGCUUGUUCAGUUGAUAUCACUGUAAUAAUAUGGAAAUAUUUUGCUGCUUACCAUAUUCCUCACAAUCCAUUGGAAAACAGGGAGAUGUGGAUCUAAACAAUCAUAGACUCUGGAUUUUUGUAUUUGUUCCUAUCUGAAGGUUGUAAUGAUUGAAUUUUAUGAAAAAUGCAAUAAAUAUUUUUACCUGAAAA